GGCGGAAGGGGGUACGUGGACUUUGGUUCGAUGCAAGGUGAAUGCAUUAACAAUGCAUCUUGUUGCAGUGACGGUUACACACUCGCACUGUGGUUGAAUGUAACCAUCGACGACAACAGAGCUAAUAUUGCACUUCUUGGCUCCAACCCACUAAAGAUGACUUUUGAAGGUAGAAACUUAAAAGUAUCAAUCAUCACACCAAAGAAGAGGUGGUAUGCGUCAUUUAAGCUAUCAAAUAAGGUCUGGACUCACGUUGUAGUGACAUGGGAGGACGCAGAUGGUCUCACACUUUACGUCAAUGGGUCAGCAAGAGACCCAGUGCGUCGCUGGAAACAUGAAGCGGCAUCGCCGAAUAAUCAAUUCCAUUUUGGACCUCCAGUGGGUAAUGGGAGUGAGAAAGAUAUUAUCCAAGUCGAUGAAAUGCUUAUGUGGAAUGUGAGAAAGACUGACGCUGAAAUAACAGCAUUAUUUGAGACAUACACGGUUCAUAACAACAUCAACAUUCCGAGUUGCUCAUUGGAUGAUUCAUCAACGCAGACAACGCCUCGGUUACCUCCAACUACGACCACAACUACACAAGCUACAACUCCAGCCGAGACAACACGUCCUGCAAUGUCCGGGACUACGCAUACAGAGCCUUCUACAGAUGAGCGUAUAACAGGAGGAUCUACAGUAGCUACUAUUAACGUAACAUACCCUGCACUGGUAGAAGAUACUACUGGGGUGAAUGAAUCUCACCAUAUUCAAAGACGAGCAUCUGGCGAAGAUGAUGUAAUUGCGACUGAUUAUGUCACCGAUGAAUUGGACAACGAAGCGGGCGAUGAGUUACAUGAGAAUGACGAACAGAAAGAGGAACUGUCAUUGAAUGAAUUUCUAACGACAACAGCACACAAUAAGGGGGACCUUAUAUAUAGUUGCAGGUGGAAGGGAACUGAAUGUUCUGCGUCUGAUUUUGAUGUUACAUUGACUGACUUUGGAGUCUGCUAUACUUUCAACCUGGAAGCAAGAAGCGAAUUUGCAGUCAACGAAUCAGCUAAUACCAGCCUUGUAGCCGAUGAAACAGCAACCAAAGUAUAUCAACCAGGCACUAGUAAUGGUCUCAGUCUAAUCAUCAAUGUGGAGCAGUAUGAGUACAUGGUAGGGCCUAGAACAGAUGCAGGGAUAAAGGUUCUUCUUCACAAUCAGUCGGAAGUGCCAAUGGUUACUGAUAUCGGCUUUGCCGUUGCACCCGGGAUGCAUUCCCUUGUUGCCGUAAAGAGAACCGAGUUCUUAAGUCUGUCUAAGCCAUGGGGGACAUGUAGUGAAAAAGAACUGGAUUAUUUCGAUGACUAUACUGUAUCAAAGUGUAUGAUUGAUUGCCAGACGAGAUAUGUUGUGGCGAUAUGUCACUGUAGGGCAGCGUAUAUGCCCCAGAAACACCAUAAUGAGCCGAGGAUAUGCAGUUUGGAAGAAUACUUUGACUGUGUACUGCCUUCCUUACAGAAUAGCACCAAGUUCAUGGAAGUUAAUUGUUCUUGCCCACAGCCAUGUAAGAAAGUAGUAUAUGAGCCCCGACUCUCUUAUGGUGCAAUAUCGAGCUUGAGUGUUAAUAAAUUACUUGAUGAGCGCAACAUCAAGACCACUGAACUAAGAAAUAAAUAUCACGAGGUACUAGAUAUUGUCCAACAUGUAGAUGAAGAAAUUUGGGAAACUGACCAGCACAUGUUUGAAAAUAUCAUUAAUGAUUACAAUCAGCUGGUUGAUUACACUAUUCAUUUCUAUGAUAAGGAUGAAGACAACAAUCAACCGGUGAAUGAAAUUGUGUAUAACGUCCAAUCUGUUAUAAAAACCUAUGUCAGGGAUUUAAAUCUGACGUUUGCAAGACACGAGGAGUUCUUGAGCAUCUACAGUAGGAGCUACAAAACUACAAAUGACACCCUCUAUGAAGUUGCACAUGACUUCCUCGAGUUAACCAGGUUGAUAUUUGAAUCAGAUGGACCCAAAUUAGUAGAGUCGCUUCCUGGACUUACGCCGACAGAUUUAAGUGGAACUAUCCGUAAGAAUGUCCAACAGGCUGCCAGGAAAGGCAAAGACGUUGUCGAUAAACUGUUGGCGUUUAGAGAAGCACUUGAGUCAGGGAGGCCACUAGAUGAACAACUUCCUGAUUAUGAGUUAUCAAUGCUGCCAGGAACCAUAUAUACAUCUUAUUCCAGCGUUGGCGGAACGGUAGAUGAUUUCUUAGCAGAUAUGUGGCAGCUGUUGGAUUUCUAUUUUCCAAACAUUGAUGAAAAACUAAAUCGUAUUACCUCAACCGAUUCGGUUAUUCCAGUAGAGCUUACUGAGAUAUUUAACAGUUUCAACGCUGAUGUGCUGGACAAGAGCAUCAGCAAAUUACUCCAAAGCUUAAAUGACUUUUACAAUAAGAUUCAUGCCAUGAAAAUGUGGUAUGAAAACUCACUAGAGGAGAUCAAGCAUGAAAAUCAAACAUUUUAUGAACGGUUUGUUUUGAAUAGAAACACUCUGUAUGAUCUAGCAAUAUACACAAAAAAUAUUACUCAUCGCAAAGAAACACUUGGGAAAUUGUACGGAUCAUAUACUAAAUCUGAAAUCACCAAACUUAAAUUAGCUGGUGGCUAUUUUUCUGAAUCUAGUAUAAAUGAUGAUAUACUGUACAUUGAAAACUUUGUGUCUUCAUUUAAGACACGUGUUUUGGAGGAACUUUUACGAGAAAUCACGAACAUCAAUGAGCAUCUCACAUUGAAGUACCAAGCAAUAUUAACAAAGCUUGAGGAAUUACAGGUAUAUUAUGACAAAAAAUUCGACUACUCACCAAAAAUAUUAAACAUAUGGAAAACUGUGAAUGCAUUGGGCCUUAUUGAUGAGAAAAAUAUGAACGACAGUGUUUUGUCGGAAAAAAUGGCGGAGCAUUUUCGUACAAGUGUGUCUGCAGAUAUAGCACGGUUCGACACUGGUUUGCAGGAAAAUGAACGUAACUUGAUAGAGAGUCUUAACUUUGCCAAAGAUAGAAUGAAGCUUUAUGUUGCUGCAAGUAAGAUGGACGAGAACUUCGUAACGACAAAUUUCUUAUACAUGGACGUUUACUUUGCUGAAUUGAGUUACCAAAAAGUUGAACAGAAAGAGGCGUUCACUUGGCAAAUGCUCAUCAGUGAAAUCGGUGGAUUUAUGGGACUACUGCUGGGUGCUAGUGUGUUAACAGUUUUUGAAAUUUUGGAUUUCUUACUUUACAACGGAACUAGAAAAUAUUUGAACAGACGAGGAAAUGUGAAUUUGGAAAAUGGAGCAGCGAGGGGAAACAAUAACGAUGGUGCAAACAGGGUAUGAGCGGAAUGGCUUACGGGAACAGGUGGUUCCAAAAUGAAGAACGAGUACCAUGUUGUCCAUAUUGACAUCAAUAUUGUCAUGACAUAUUCCGACAACGUUGUUCACUAUUGAACUCGUUAGGCAUGGUGUAUGCACGACUCCACAUACCAUCGUAUUUCUACUAUGGGAUCUGCAUCGGGUGAAAUGUCAGGCGAGUCAGGGCUAUUUUACGCCGCCAAUGGGGCAUCAGGGGUAUGCAAAACGAUUCCAUGGUGCUGCAGAGUAUUGUUACUUCGUUCACAUAACUAACAAGAACAAUGAGUGAAUUGUGAACUUGUAAACUGGAAUUACGUGUAACAUUUUAUCAUACUGAUGAUACUGAAAAAUGACAGUAGUACCAGCGCAUAAAUCCACAUAUCGUAUACAUGGAUCAUUCCAAAUCAUGUUGAUUGGACAUCCAUGCCAAUUUGUAAUAUGGAUCUAGACCUAAUUAUGUAUAAGCAUCCAGCAAUGUUAUGUAUAUGAGGCCAAGACCUUGAGUGGACCCUCAUCACAAUGGGGUAACCGUUAUAAUAACGACAGAAAAAUCACGAUGAAAGAAAGGGCCAAUUUUAUGUUGCUGUCUGUCGCUUGAUUCACAGAGUUACGAAGUAAUGUCAUUCAAGUAAAAGUGCAAACCUAUACAAAUUAUAUCGACAUGCUUUCUUCGCACUUAGUUGUUCAUAAAUGUUUUUCAUUUUCUUAUUUUCAUUAUGCUCUUAUAUUCUUUGCCA